GUCUCGCUGUGUUGCCCAGGCUGGAGUGCAGUGGCACGAUCUCGGCUCACUGCUAACUCCGCCUCCCAGGUUCACGCCAUUCUCCUGCCUCAGCCUCCUGAGUAGCUGGGACUACAGGCGCCCGCCACCACGCCCGGCUAACUUUUUUGUAGUUUUAGUAGAGAUGGAGUUUCACCGUGUUAGCCAGGAUGGUCUUGAUCUCCUGACCUCAUGAUCCACCAGCCUCGGCCUCCCAAAGUGCUGGGAUUACAGGCGUGAGCCACCGCACCCAGUGCAUUUCUUUUUGGUCUUUCUUUGGCAUAUUUGCAUAUUUAUUUAUAAACAUUUAAACAAAAUUUUAUGAUUAAAAAAUGUGUUUUCCCUUAUGUGUUUAACUAUGGAAAUUUGGAAACACUGCCAAGAGGGAAAUAGCUAGUGAGCUUACAUGUUAUAUCAUGCUCAUCCUAAUUUAUCUCAUUGUUAUCUCAUUUUUUUUUUGGUAAAUGUUUCCUGAUAUUGGCCGGGCACGGUGGCUCAUGCCUGUAAUCCCCGCACUUUGGGAGGCCGAGGUGGGCGGAUCACCUGAGGUCGGGAGUUUGAGACCAGCCUGACCAUCAUGGAGAAACUCCAUCUCUACUAAAAAUAUAAAAUUAGCCAGACAUGGUGACGCAUGCCUGUAAUCCCAGCUACUCGGGAGGCUGAGGCAGGAGAAUCGCUUGAACCCGGGAGGCAGAGGUUGCAGUGAGCCAAGAUUGCACCAUUAUACUCCAGCCUGGGCAACAAGAGCGAAACUGUAUCCUCUGCCUCCCGGUCUCAAAAAAAAAAAAAAAAAAAAAAAUUAACAUUUUAUUUUCAUAUCAUUUGAAACCUAUAGAAAAAUUGCAAAAAUAGUGUUAGAAAUUCUCAUAUACUCUUUACCCAAAUUUGCCAAAUGUUUACAUUUUUCCUGUUUGCUUUGUUCUUGCUGAUCACCCAGAUACCACCAGGAACAUACCUGUAGCCAGAGACAGUUGCUUGUAGCUUUCUGCAGCAAAGAAGCCCACAUUUCAAGAUAAUUGUGGGGUGUCUUGGUAAGAGGUGUUUAGAAAGGGCUGGUUAUAGAGUUUCACAUAACAUGCUAGAUACUAUUAGAUAUUAUACUGGCUAGGCAUGGUGGCUCAUGUCUGUAAUUGUAGCACUUUGGGAGGCCGAGGCAGGUGGAUCACUUGAGGCCAGGAGUUCAAGACCAGCCUGGCCAACAUGGAGAAACCCCAUCUCUACUAAAAAUACAAAAAUUAGCUGAUUUGUUCACUGUGAAGUUACUUUUUUAAAAUUUGAGGGGGCGUGCGCCUGUAAUCCCAGCUAUUAGGGAGGCUGACGCAUAAGAAUCAUUUGAACCUGGGAGGCAGAGGCUGCAGUGAGCUGAGGUGGCGCCCCUGCACUCUGAUCUGGAUGACAGAGUGAGACUCUGUCUCAAAAAAAUAAUUAAAUAUUAUAUUAAAUAAUAUUGUUAUCUAUUACAUAUCACAUCUGUUAAAAAGCUAAUAAUAGUAGUUGUAGUGUCAUUUAUUAGAUAGUGUUGGAUACCAUAUUACAUAACGUUGUUAUCUAAUCUGCAGCUUCCAUAUUUAAAUUUAUUCAGUUUCUUCUUUUGGUCCUUAUAACUAUCCCUUGCCCCACUUUUUACCUGUAACCCCAUUCAAAGUCCAGUUUUAUGCAUUGUCUUUAUUGUCACAUUUCUAUACUUUUGUUUAAUCUAGAAGGAUUCCACAGCCUUUGUCUUUUAUAUGCAUGGUUUUUUGAAGAGUAUAGGCAAGUUGUUUUGCAGAAAGACAUUCAUUUGGGGUUUGUCUGGUAAAUUUCAUGUUUACGUUUAGAUUAUGCAUGAUUGGCAGGGAUACCAUAGUAGUGGUGAGGUGUCCUUUUCAUUGCAACCUAACAGUGUCCAAAUGAUGUUGGUUUGUCCCUUCACUGGUGAUCUCAACUUUGUUCACUUGGCCAAGACGAAGUCUUUCAGAUUUGUCCACUGUGAAGUUACUUUUUUUUAAUUUUGAAAAUAAUAAAGUUCCUUAUGGGGAGAUACAUGAUUAGUGGACAUUCUACUGUAAAGAAGAGUUUCCAUUUCUCCCCCAUUUAUUCAUUCCUUCAUUCAACUAUAAAUAUUCUAUUGAUAUGGACUCAGAAUUCAGUCUUACUGAUUUCAAUGACAUGUAGAUUAACAAUUAUUUUUUCCAAUUCUAUCAAGAUGUAUUUCACAUAUAGCUUUCACCCAUUUCAGGCAUGGAACUCAGUGAUUUUUAGGAAUUUUGUGAAGUGGAAUAACCAUGAUCAUGAUUCAGUUUAGAUCAUUUUUAUCUCCCAGUUGGACUCCUUGUGCCCAUUUACAGUUAAACCUCAUUCUCACCUCAAAUGUGAAGCAACUACUAAUCUACUUUCUCUAUGAUACAUUUGCCUAUUCUGAACAUUUCAUAUAAAUGCGAUCACACAGUCCAUGGGUUUUUGUGACUGGCUUCUUUCAUUUAACAUAAUGUUUCCAGGGUUCAUGCAUGUUGUAGCAUGAGUCAAUAUUUCAUUUCUUUAAAUUUCCAAGUAAGAUUUCAUUGUAUGGAUAGGCGACAAUUUGUCCAUUUACCCAUAGGAACGCAUUUUGGUUGUGUGCAAUUUUGGGUUAUUAUGAAUAAUGCCCCUGUGAACAUUCAAGGGCUAAUUCACAACACAUGUUCGUACUGUUGGGUGGCAUCCUUGACCACCCCUUCAUGCCUCUUUUUUUUUGCCCUCCAUGGCACGUUUCAGGCACAAUUCUGUCUUCCCUUGAACUGCAUAACUGGAGAACUCUGCAAAUUCCCCAAAGGAGGAGGAAAAAUGACCAUGUUCAAGGAGGCAGUGACCUUCAAGGAUGUGGCUGUGGUCUUCACCGAGGAGGAGCUGGGGCUGCUGGACGUUUCCCAGAGGAAGCUGUAUCGAGAUGUCAUGCUGGAGAACUUCAGAAACCUGCUAUCAGUGGGGCAUCAACCUUCCCACCGAGAUACUUUUCACUUCCAAAGAGAAGAAAAGUUUUGGAUCAUGGAGACAGCAACCCAAAGAGAAGGGAAUUCAGGAGGCAAGAUCCAAACUGAGUUGGAGUCUGUUCCAGAAACAGGACCACAUGAAGAGUGGUCUUGCCAGCAAAUCUGGGAACAAACUGCAAGUGAGUUAACUAGACCUCAAGACUCCAUAAGUAGCUCUCAGUUCUCCACACAAGGUGUUGUCCCCUCCCAGGUUGAUGCAGAACUAUCUAUAAUUCACACAGGAGAGACACCUUCUGAGCAUGGGAAGUGUAAAAAAUUCUUCAGUGAUGUCUCCAUCCUUGAUCUUCAUCAACAAUUACACUCAGGAAAGAUAUCCCAUACAUGUAAUGAGUACAGGAAGAGAUUUUGUUAUAGUUCAGCUCUUUGUAUUCAUCAGAAAGUUCACAUGAGAGAGAAACGCUAUAAGUGUGAUGUGUGUAGUAAGGCAUUUAGUCAGAACUCACAACUGCAAACUCAUCAGAGAAUCCACACUGGAGAGAAACCAUUCAAAUGUGAGCAGUGUGGGAAAAGUUUCAGCCGUAGAUCAGGAAUGUAUGUUCAUUGCAAAUUACACACAGGAGAAAAACCUCAUAUUUGUGAGGAAUGUGGGAAGGCCUUCAUUCACAAUUCCCAGCUUCGGGAACAUCAAAGAAUCCAUACUGGGGAGAAGCCAUUCAAAUGUUAUAUAUGUGGUAAGAGCUUCCAUAGUAGAUCAAAUCUUAAUAGGCAUUCCAUGGUCCACAUGCAAGAGAAAUCAUUUAGAUGUGAUACCUGUAGUAAUAGCUUUGGUCAGAGAUCAGCACUUAAUAGUCAUUGCAUGGACCACACAAAAGAGAAACUAUACAAAUGUGAAGAAUGUGGAAGGAGCUUCACUUGUAGGCAAGAUCUUUGUAAGCAUCAGAUGGACCAUACAGGAGACAAACCAUAUAAUUGUAAUGUAUGUGGGAAGGGCUUCAGGUGGUCCUCAUGUCUUUCAAGACAUCAGCGGGUCCACAAUGGAGAAACAACAUUCAAGUGCGACGGAUGUGGGAAGAGAUUUUAUAUGAAUUCACAGGGCCAUUCACAUCAGAGAGCCUACAGAGAAGAAGAACUGUAUAAAUGUCAGAAGUGUGGGAAGGGCUACAUUAGUAAAUUUAAUCUUGACUUGCACCAGAGGGUCCACACGGGAGAGAGACCUUAUAAUUGUAAGGAAUGUGGAAAGAGCUUCAGGUGGGCCUCAGGUAUUUUGAGACAUAAGAGACUCCAUACUGGAGAAAAACCAUUCAAAUGUGAAGAGUGUGGGAAGAGGUUUACUGAGAAUUCAAAACUUCGUUUCCAUCAAAGAAUUCACACUGGAGAAAAGCCUUACAAAUGUGAGGAGUGUGGAAAGGGAUUCAGAUGGGCCUCAACUCAUCUAACCCAUCAAAGACUCCACAGCAGAGAAAAACUAUUCCAAUGUGAGGAUUGUGGGAAGAGCAGUGAGCACACUUCAUGCCUUCAAGACCAACAAAGAGACCACAGUGGAGAAAAAACAUCCAAAUGUGAGGACUGUGGGAAACGCUACAAGAGGCGCUUGAAUCUAGAUAUGAUUUUAUCAUUAUUUUUAAAUGAUAUAUAAUUAUUGUCCAUAUUUAUGGGUUACAGCAUAUUUCAGUACAUGUAUACAAUGUAUAAUGAUCAAAUCAGUGUUAUUAGCAUAUCCAUCACCUCCUUUAUCAUUUAUUUGUGUUGAUCAUUUAUCAUUUCUUUGUGUUUUGAACCUUCAAAAACUGCUGUUCUAGUUAUUUGAACAUAAGUUAUUAUUAAUUAUAGACACCUUUAGUGCUGUGGAACACUAGAACUUGUUCCUUUCAUCAUCUUACUGUACUUUCAUAUCUGUUAACCAAUCUUUCAUCAUCCACCCUCUCUCCUACUUUUCCCUUCUAGUAAUUGCUAUGCCAUGCUGCUUCUGCUUUUUUUUUUUUUUAUUUUGAGAACAGAGUCUUCCAGGCUUGAGUGUAGUGGCAUGAUCCUUUCUCACUGCAGCCUCCACCUCCUGGGUUCAAGCGAUUUUCCUGCCUAAACCUCCUGAGUAGCGGGGAUUACAGGCACGCGCCACCACACCCAGCUAAUUUUUGUACUUUUUUUUUUUUUUGAGACAGAGUAUCGCUCUGUCGCCCAGUAUGGAGUGCAAUGGCCUGAUCUCGGCUCACUGCAACCUCUGCCUCCUGGGUUCAAAUGAUUCUCCCUGCCUUGGCCUCCCGAGUAGCUGGGACUACAGGCGCCCGCCAUCACACCUGACUAAUUGUUGUAUUUUUAGUAGAGAUGGGGUUUUGCCAUAUUGGCCAACCUGGACUUGAACUCCUGACUUCAGAUGAUCCGCCCACCUCGGCCUCCCAAAGUGCUGGGAUUACAGGCGUGAGCCACCAUACCCACCAGGCCUAAAAAUUUUUGUAUUUUUAGUAAAGAUGGGGUUUCACCACAUUGGCCAGGCUAGCCUUGAACUCCCAAACUCAAAUGGUCCACCUGCCUUGGCCUCCCAAAGUGCUGGGAUUACAGGCAUGAGCCACUGUGCCCAGCCAAUGCUAUGCUGCUUCUAUGAUGUCAACUUUUUAGCUUCCACAUAUGUGUAAGAACAUGUGGUAUUUAUCUUUCUGGGCCUGAAUUUACAUCACUCAACAUCAUGUUCUCCAAAGCUUAUCUUUAUCUUGCCAUAAAUGACAGAAUUUUAUUAUUUUUUUAUGGUUAAAUAGUGUACCUUUGUGUAUGUAUGCCACAUUUUCUUUACCAUUUUCUGUUGAUGAACACUUAGAUUGGUUCCAUAUGUUAGCUAUUGCAAAUAGUACUAUAAUAAAUAUAGGAGUGCAGAUAGGAGUUCAACACACUGAUUUCCUUUCCUUUGGAUAUACAGCUAGUAGUGGGAUUGCUGGAUCACUUGAAUGCUGAUAUGCAUAAGAGGAUCUACACUGGAGAAAAACCAUGGAAGUGUGGAGAUUGUGGUACAUGCUUCAGUCAGGGCUCACAUCUUCAAAUUCAGUGUCUGUUCUGUAGAGAAACCUUAAUAAUGUGAUAUAUGUGACAGCAAAGAGUUAUAAGGUAUGAAUAUGUUAAUUUUAGUAGAUACUUCCGAAAAGUAUUUCAAACUGGUUGUACCACUAUAAACUCUGACCAUUAUUAGGCAAGAAUUGGCUUUUUUUUUUUCUUUUGAGACAGUCUUGCUCUGUCACCCAGACUGGCAUGCAGUGGAAUGAUCACGGCUCCCUGCAGCCUUGACCUCCCAGGCUCAAGAAAUCCUUCUGCCUCAGCCCCUCAAAAGCUGGGACUAUAGGCAUGCAACAACACACCUGGCUAAAUUUUUGUUGUAGAGAUGGGGUCUCACUAUGUUGCCCAAAUUGGUCUCAAACUCCCGGGCUCAAGCGAUUCUCCCUCCUCAGCCUUCCAAAGUGCUGGGAUUACAGGCCUGAGCCAUGUGCACAGCAUUUUGUUUUGUUUUGUUUUUGAGAUGGGGUCUCUCGGUGUUGCCCAGGCUGGAUUGCUUAUUCACAGAUGCAGUUACAGUGCCCUAUAGCCUCGAACUCCUGCGCCUAAGUGAUCCUCUUGCUUCAACCCCCUGAGAAGCUGGGACUACAGGCAUGGACCACCACCCCUGAUUGAUCUUCUUUAGUUUCUAUCAACAAAAUAGUACACAGUUUCCACAAACUUGGGAAGGCUAGUAUUUUUGGAGGGGGGGUAGAAAUCACUAAACAACAAAGAAAAUCUGAUGAAUUGGACAGCAUAAAAAUAUUGGCAUAAAGAUGAACAUAACAUAAGCAGAAUAUUUAAAGCACAUACUUUUUAUAGAGUGUCUCCCCUGUAAUGUCUCUGGUUAAAUGAAAGGGUUUCAAAUGUGAAGACAACCCUAACCAUACUAAUUAUCUGUAAAAGAUGUAGCAUUGUCAUGGACUCCUUAAUAAACAUGAAGACUUUAAUCCA